AUGAGCCGAGCGUACCUCUCUUCCCACGACCACCUCGACGCCAACUUCCCAGCACCACCCGAAGCCAUGUAUUGGAACGGUGUAUACUAUCCCAAUUGGCGCAUCUAUCGCGAACAACCGCCCAUCUCCUUGAACUAUGAUGUCAUAUCGCACGUUUUCUAUGCAUUUGCCUGGGUGAAAGAUGAUGGAACAGUCUACCUCAGUGAUGAGUGGGCGGAUACUCAGAUCGAAGUAGCAGGUACUGAUGAUAUUCCGGCUACAAAGGGCUGUUUGAAUUCUUUCGCUCUGUUGAAGAAGAAGUAUACCAAGCUUCGAGUGGUUCUUUCCGUUGGUGGCGGUGGGAAAGGCAGUGAGCCAUUCGCUGGGGUUGCUCGAGAUGCCAGCCACCGCGAACGAUUUGCCCAAUCAUCAUUGCAGUUGGUGCAACAAUUCGGGAUUGAUGGAAUUGAUAGUGAGUUUGGCAGAAGUCCCGUUGACUUGUGGUCGCUGAUGAAAUUUCACAUAGUCGAUUGGGAGCACCCUGCCGAUGCCAAACAGGGCCAGGACUAUAUUGCUCUGCUUGCUACAUUGCGACAGUAUCUACCAGCUCCCCAAUACACCCUCUCCUCGGCUCUUCCUGCUGGUGAAUGGGCCCUUCAGCAUAUCAACCUAGGGCAUGCUGCCUCCUACCUGGACAUGAUCAAUCUAAUGGCGUACGAUUUUUCUGGCCCUUGGGUAUCUAAGACUGGCCACCAGGCGCAGCUAUUCACUCCACAAGUGCCGCAUUGUCCCGAAGCUGCCAUAUCCUGUCACUCUGCUGUCUCAUACCUCGUGCGACAGGGUGUGCCACCGCAUAAGAUCAUUAUGGGGGUGCCUGCAUACGGUCGAUCUUUCACGGGGACACGCGGUGUUGGCCAUUCGUUCAAAGGCCAGGCUGGUGAAGAGGGCACAUUUGAAUACCGGGAUCUUCCAUGCCCGGGUGCGGAAGAACACGUCGACCAACAGCUUGGUGCGGCUUACUGCAUAGGUGGAGACGGCGGGUUCGUUACCUACGACACGCCUCAGACAGUUCGCAUGAAAGCAAACUAUGUGCGACAGAAUGGCCUGGGAGGGCUCUUUUACUGGACGGGAACUGGUGAUGCAAGCUCGAUUCAUCAAAAAGACCGUAGUUUGGUCUACAACGGCUUCCUUGGUCUGUUUCCGCAGUAA